AUGGUCAACUCGAUGAACAACAUGCUUAGUAAUCCGACCAAUGCGACCAAACUGAUCUGCCAAAACAUGGACGAGCAUGGUAAUGCCAGUACCAUGGCCCGUAUCAUUAGUUCAGGAUUUCUGGAACGACGCGAUCCGUACAUCAGCAAUAUGCUCAAUGUUUUUCGAGUGAGCAAGCUCAAGGAUCUCAAGGAAAGGGCUCGGAUUCAUGUGGCCAAGGGCGCGUUCUUGCUGGGGAUGUUGGAUGAGACAGAUUCGUUGGAAGAAGGCGAGAUUUAUGUCCGGGUGGCGGAUACUGCGAAUGACGCGACAUCGCGUCGCAGACCACCGAUCGUUGGUCCAUGCGUCAUUUUCCGGAACCCGUGUUUCCAUCCUGGUGAUGUGCGCACUGUGAUAGCUGUUGACUGCCCUAAACUCAGACAUUUGUAUGAUGUUGUCGUGUUUUCGGCCAAGGGGUUCCGUGAUCUACCUAGCAUGUUGUCAGGAGGCGAUCUGGAUGGUGAUGACUAUACCGUUAUAUGGGACGAGACUCUGCUGCCACCCAAAGCCAACUAUUCCCCGUUCAGUUACAAGAGUGAGGAUCCAAUUCAAGUGGAUCAAGUCAAGAUCGGCCAUAUCCAAAAGUUCUUUGUCAAUUACAUCAACAACGACAACCUCGGUCAGAUUGCCAACUCUCAUCUUGCUAUCUCUGACAAGUCGCCGAUGGGUGCGAUGGAUGGUCGCUGUGUUCGUUUAGCACAGCUGCAUUCUUUAGCUGUUGACUUCCCAAAGACAGGACGACCUGCAAGAUUCGACGACGAUCUGCGAGCGAGGAUGUUUCCCGAUUUCAUGCAGAAACAAGACAAGAGGAGCUACCAAUCUGAUAAGGUGCUUGGCAGAAUAUACCGAUACAUUGAAAGCAGCGAUUACGAGCAUUACCGCGAAAAGCUAUUGGAAGACUCGACCUAUGAUCCACGCGUAUGGCUGGCGGGCAGUGAAGAGUACAUCAUUGAAGCGCGUGACACGCAGACGCGUUACAAUCGUGAUAUUUGCGCGCUCAUGAACCAAUAUGGCGUGUACACAGAAGCUGAGCUGGUAUCAGGCUACGUGAUGGAAUGGAAGAAGCGGACAAGUACACGUAAGAGCAUGUUUGAACAGACUACGCAGGUUGUUCGGGCGGUCAAGUUGAUGCAAAAGUCGUAUCGCAAGGAGUUUCUGACGAAUAUCGACAAAAAGGAUGAGCCGCUGUCCAAAGAUGCCCUUGAACUCAAGGCGGCAGCGUGGUAUUAUGUGACAUAUCAUCCGAAGGAAAGAUUACGGUUCCAAUCGACAGAAACUCGCGCAUUGUUCAGUUUCCCAUGGGUGGCUUAUGACUACAUUUGUGAGAUCGCUGUACGGAACACGCAUCGACUAGUGGAACAAUCCAUGUUGGAUCCUAUACCAGAAACAUUGAUAGAUCUGCAUCGCAAGGAUAUGUUUGCGGAUAUACGCAUCGCAUCCUAUACUAUUGACUCGGAUGAAGAUGACGACGACGACGACGAUGAUGAUGAUGAAGAAGAAGAAGAUGACGACGACGACGACGACGACGACCCAGACGAUGAUGAUGAAGACGCGGACGAUGGCGAACUGGAAGACUCCAUGCCGACUUUCAAAAUCAGUGAUAUUAAGAAACAACUGCAACAAAAAGAUACCCAACCACGAGUCCAUCAUGCGGAAACAGCAGCAGCAUCGUCGUCAACAUCAACAGCACCCAACUUUGCCCCUCCUUUGGGUACUUAUGUUGAAAUUGGUGCAGAUGUCACGGACGAACAAUUACAGCAACUGCUGACUUUGUAA